AGCGCACAGGGAGGGCGAAAGCUUAACUAAUUGGACUUUCUCUGACGGCAUAACACAAACCAAGAUCUAAGAUAAGGUUAGCUUGUCGUUGAUCAUCAUAGUUGGCUACCUAGUAUUUAGCUAGCUUGCUAGAUAAAGAGAGCAGAUCAAGUCUAUACGUAACUUGUAACUUAAUGUUAACUAACAGACUGUAAAAUUGACGAUGUGUGAAAUUGCAUUGAAAUCCUAGCCAUGUCUGUCAUUACAUAUGGCUAAUUACUCACCUACUCUUGUAUUUAUUUGCUCUUUCUUGGUUCCUAUCUGGCUUUGAAAUUGCUACUUGGCUAGCUAGGGUGACAGGCUCCUGAAUGGUAUUGUUAAGUGAACGUGAACAAGAAUUGUUAGGUGCGGUAAGACAAAGGAAAUAAGCGUAUGUUAUUAAGUCGUAGUCGGCCUUUUACAAGUAUAUCAAGCGACAUAUGCCACAUCUCAUCAUAGAGCGGUGUCUAUUGUGGUGCUCGUACUAAGCAAGCUGUAAGUUAAGCGAGACGGCUCGAGUAUAAAUUAUUUAAAGGAACGAAAUGAACCCCGAAGAACCCGCCGCUCCAAACAAAACCGUCACUGACGAUGACGGCAUGUCAUGGUGGUACAGAUGGCUCUGCAAAAUUGCCGGAGUCCUAGGAGGAAUAUCCUGUGCAAUUGCAGGUGUGUGGAACUGUGUGACGGUAAAUCCUCUUAACAUUGCAGCCGGAGUCUGGAUGGUGUUCAAUGCGUGUGUGCUGUUCCUGUGUGAGGUGCCGUUCUGCUGUCAGUUCAUAGAGUUUGCCAAUGCCGUGGCGUCACGUGCCGAUAAACUCAAGCCCUGGCAGAAAGCACUCUUCUACUGCGGGAUGGCCUUAUUCCCUGUGGUCCUGAAGAUCUCCUUUACCACUGUGGCUGGCAAUGCCAUCGCCUUUGCCACAGGGGUCCUCUAUGGCCUUGCAUCACUUGGCAAGAAGGGGGAUAUGGUGAACUAUGCUCGUCUACAGCACCAGAAGCAGGGGGAUGAGGAGAAACAGGCGGGGGUGGCCGAGGAAGGGGCACAGUGAACACCUCUCAGCCUCCUGACCCAUCAUCACAGCUCCCUCCGUCCCUUCCCACUUGUCUCGUCCUGUCUUUCCUCUCUCUUCUCCUCUCCUCUCCUCUCCUCUUCUUCUCUUUCGUGUUACUGGAUGUAUUUAUUGACUGCUGCACCUUUGUUGUCUUGCCCUGGAGUCUGGACAAAGGGUUGAUUUGUGUUGAUGUUUGUAGCUAUAGAUGCAAGUCUUACUAGAACUGUGACCAUAUUAUAUGGUUUUUAUUUUCUUAAGUGGAAUUAAGUUCUCUUAUUUUAACUUUAUGUUAUGUUAUACUCUUUAAGGUGUGUCUGGCCUCCAUGGUUGGCCAGUGUGUUUGUUGUCGGAUGCUAAUUUCAUUUAUUUUAUAUUGUUUGUUUCGCAAAGUGUUUGGAAUUGCAAAACACUUCUACCUAACCUCAGCCUUCCCCUGCUAGAUCAGCCCUUACUCAAAUUAGACAUUAGAUCCCUGUAGAGACCUAGCAAUCAAUGGUCAGUAAUCAAAUAAAGGUGCAGUCAUUAAUUUAUAAACAUGACCCAUUACACCUCACAGUACACUAGCUUUCCGUCCAGUGUGUGAACGCAGAAGAGCUGUGUUUGUGCACUGUCCUAGCUCUAUGAAUGACAAACGAACAAAGUGGCUUGUACAGGGCCACACACUGUUCCAUCUGAUCAACAAGGGGUGCUGCUCGUGCUCCAACAUUGCUUUAGAGGGCACAAAAGGGAAGGAUGUAUGUGAUAUCAUCAAGGACUGCACCUUUAGGUUGAAUCAGUGCUCCCAAAUAUGUAGUUAAUCAGGGCUCUCAUUUAUUUCUACAGCCGAUCAGCCUCGCUAGGUCCGGAUGCGUUCUUUUGUAUCCAC